UAAAUAAACAAAAGUGUAUUCGGAAUGUGGAAAGUAAACAAUUAAAAUUAUCAGUGGAUUUUUGUAUAUUUUACAACAAGAUACACGUAUUUUUGGUAGUGCAACAAUGUAAGUGAUAAGACGCUUUAGUGAAAUGUUGGGUUUGGAGAUCAAACAUUAGUGAAGUGAACUCGUUCAAGCGUCAGGAUGACUAUGAAGUCGCUGAAGUACAGCGAGCGGGAGGAGAUGAUGGAGGGUUUCAGCCCGGUACCUCCUCCCCUCCCCCGCCGACAGCCAGUCAGGAACAUCUACGCCGAACCCUUCGUAGACCCUAGGUACACGUCAUCGGGCGUGACUAACGAAUGGCUCGCCCUACAGACCCUAAAUUCAGAGUCUAUGUUGUGCCACAGAUUGGGCGGCGCGCCGAUGUCGAGCGGGAUGGGCGGCGGCACGCUGGGCAGCGGGCACUGCCAGCUCGCCAACCAGCCGCUGGUGAUGCCGGUAUUCCCGCUGCGGGCCAGCCAGCCGAGCCCCGUGCCCGUCUACUCGCCAUCCCGCUUCCACAUAGACAAGCGGUGUCAACAUCGCUGCACGUGGAAAUGUCUCGCCAUUACCAUGAUCUGCCUCUGCGUCAUCUUAGCGGCGAUGCUCGCCUACUUUAUAGCGUUAUCGUCAAUUAAAAGUAAUAUAGACAAUUCAAAUUGCAUUUUGGUACAAGAUGUGAAAGCAGUAACACACGCACAAGGAAUAAGAGAUGCAUUAUCAACGUCAUCACCUUCAGACGAAUCAAUAUCAACAUCUUCUAUAGGCGGGUGGUCAACUACAGCAGAAGCAGCAUUAGAGUCAGUAGUGAUACCACAACAAGCUCAACAAGCUGCUCCACCGCCUUGGUCACCCGCUUUAGAAGUUAGAGAAUUCGACGAGUUACACAGUGCAACUAUACCUGCUUACCAAUUUUGGAGUUCUGAAUUCCGCAACAAACAGCCCGCCUACGUUAGCCUUAACUUCACGGUUCCCUGGGGAGCUAAUUUCGCCGUAUAUGGUAGACGAAAUGUGGCUCCUAGCGUAACUCAGUACGACUUUGUAGAAUUUAUACGUGGCGGUAGAGUUGACCACAGACUAAGACGGAGGCGGAGUUCGUUCAGAGAUAAAGAUCCAUUUGAAAGUAGCCUUAAUGAUUGGGAUGCACUUCUGAGCACGAUUAGUCCGCUUCAAAAAUGGAAUCAUACGAUAAGCAAAAGGUCAACGGAUAUGAGAGUGAACGUUAGCAUCUUACAGUACUUGGACACGGGGAGAUGGUUUAUCUCAGUAUACAACGAUGAGCUGCAACCACACAACGUUGAAAUGAUCGUGUCUGAAGCUGAAGGUGUUACAAAUUCCUGCCCCGAUGAUUGUUCCGGCCAUGGAUCCUGUUAUCUUGGAAAAUGUGAUUGUGUUGACGGCUAUGAAGGACAUGACUGUUCAAAAAGUGUGUGCCCAGUUCUUUGUUCGGGACACGGUGCGUAUGCAGGUGGUGUAUGUCACUGUUCGGAAGGGUGGAAGGGCCCGGAAUGUGACGUUCCAGCACACGACUGUGAGCCUGCCGACUGUUCCGGAAGAGGUCAAUGUAUCGCCGGCCAUUGCCACUGUAAAGCUGGCUGGAAAGGACAGAAGUGCGAUGAAGAGGAUUGCCUGGAUCCAACUUGUGGCGGUCACGGAUCGUGCGUGCGUGGACGAUGUGUAUGCCGGGCGGGAUGGCGCGGUGCCUCCUGCAGUGAGCGUGAUGCUAGGGUACAACGUUGCCUGCCGGCAUGUUCCCAACGCGGUGUCUAUGACCUUGAUGCAGGAAGAUGUGUCUGUGACCCACUUUACACUGGAGACGAUUGCUCUCAAGUGGUAUGUUCUUUGGACUGCGGACCGCAUGGAGUUUGUGCUGAAGGCGUUUGCCGUUGCGAUGAUGGUUGGACUGGCUCCAUGUGUGACCAAAGACCUUGUGACACCCGCUGUCAUGAUCACGGACAAUGCAAGAACGGCACUUGUGUAUGUACGCAAGGGUGGAAUGGUCGACAUUGUACUUUGCCUGGUUGUCCCAAUGGCUGUUCUCGUCAUGGCCAAUGUCUGCUGGAGGAUGGCGUGUACCGAUGUUCCUGCGCCGACGGCUGGGCCGGCACCGACUGCUCUAUCGCUCUCGAACUCUCUUGCAAUGACAACGAAGACAAUGAUGAAGAUGGCAUGACGGACUGCUCGGACUCGGAAUGCUGCAGUCGGCCUGAAUGCGCCGAGCACAUCAUGUGCCUAGCUUCCAACGAUCCCGUAGAAGUGCUCCUCAGAAAACAGCCGCCCUCAGUCACCGCAUCCUUUUACCAGCGCGUCAAAUUCCUCAUCGAAGAAAACUCUGUCCAGAGCUACGCACACAUGGACGAAUACUCUGAGAGCGAGUUCUGGAAUUCCUUUACACCAUGCCGCGUGUCCGUGAUGAGGGGGCAGGUGGUCUCGCCACAAGGACUUGGAAUCAUCGGCAUCAGAGUCUCCGUCGAUCGAGAAGCCCGCUUCGGAUUUACGCUCACCAGACAGGGUGGAUGGUUUGACGUGUUGGUGAAUGGAGGAGGCGCCGUGACCCUGCAGUUCCAGCGAUCACCCUUCAAGCCGCUGCGGAAGACUGUCUUCGUACCCUGGAACCAGAUCGUCGUGUUGCCGCCUGUGCAAAUGGAACUAAGCGAUGAUAACGUCAAAGUACCGACUCCCAGGGCUCCACCUCGUAUCGACUGGUCUCCUAUUCCUCAAUGGUGGGAAUCAGAAACACCUCCUUGUGCUGCUCAUGAUCACGAGAGGCUUAGGCCCGAAGUAGUAGCUGUACCACCACUGGCGGCACCUGCUGCAUCUUCUGCUACCACCACGACCGUCAUAUACCCUGAGGCCCAGAUCGUAAGCGAGUCCAUCGGAUUACCGGGAUCUUUAGUGAAAUUGACAUACCGCUCAUCUCAAUCAGCUGGUUACCUGUCAUGCGUACAUGUUCAACUCACACGACGCAUUGUACCGGCAUCACUAAUCCGAGUACAUGUCCGUGUCGAGAUUGAGGGCUCAUUGCACACUCAUAGCUACGAAGCCGAUCCUGAUCUGACACAUAUCUUCGCAUGGAAUAAACGAAACGUAUAUAAACAAAAGGUGUACGGGCAAGCUCAAGCCAAAAUAUCAAUUGGAUACGAAUACACUUCAUGUGCGUCAAUUGUGUGGGAAACUCAGACAGCUACACUUGCUGGCUUCGAUGUAGACAUCUCAGACAUUGGAGGAUGGGGUCUUGACAUACACCAUCAUUAUAACUUCCAUGAAGGCAUUCUGCAGAAGGGUGAUGGAGCGUUGCUUCAUUUGAAGCAAUAUCCCAGAACUGUUCAGGUGGUAAUGGGUACUGGCCUUCAAAGAUCCUUGGAAUGUCCCGACCAUUGCAAUGGCAAAGCGGCAGAUGCUCGUCUUCUGACUCCAACAGCACUUACUUCUGGCCCCGAUGGUUCUUUAUACGUCGGCGAUUUCAAUCUUGUACGGCGUAUCACCCCAGAGGGAGUUGUUACCACUGUUCUUCAGUUACAGACUACACAGGUUGCAUAUCAAUACUAUAUGUGUAUAUCACCAGCGGAUGGAUAUCUUUACAUAUCAGACUCUGAAAGACACCAAGUCCGAAGAGUAAUAACUUUAGAGAAAGUACGUGAUCCUGCGACUAAUUCUGAGCCUAUUGUCGGUAAUGGAGAUCGAUGUGUACCUGGAGAUGAUUCCAAUUGCGGCGAUGAAGGUCCUGCCAUCAAAGCUAAACUGGCUCAUCCUAAAGGUCUUGCAAUUGCGGCAGACAGAACGAUGUAUAUAGCAGACGGAACCAACAUAAGAGCAGUGGAUCCCAAUGGCAUUAUACACACUUUGGUAGGACAUCAUGGACACCACAACCAUUGGUCACCUGUUCCAUGCCACGGAGCUAUUCCACCUUACGAAGCGCAACUGCAGUGGCCUACCGGAGUAGCCUUAUCACCACUCGAUGGAUCUCUUUACUUCAUCGACGACAGGAUUAUACUUAAACUCACUGUCGAUAUGAAGAUCAAAGUAGUGGCUGGCCAACCUUCACAUUGCCGCAUUGGAAGUGAUGGAAAGCCAAUCACAAAGCCCACUAAUAGAACUAACCCAGACUUCAGGGAAGAUUCCAACUUAGGUACGAUUUUGGCAAUAGCUUUUGCUCCAAGCGGUAUCUUGUAUGUUGCUGAGGCAGACUCGAAGAAAACAAAUGCUAUCAAAUCCAUUGACCCAUCCGGAAAGAUCAUGCACUUUGCUGGCAAAGUUCAGGAGAAUUUGAAGGAACUAAGCUGUGAAUGUAACUCAUCUGCCUCAGCGACGGUUGUGCCGACGAAUUCUCGAGACGACGCUGGAUGCCCAUGCAGACUAAGUGUCGCCGCUGGUGAUGAACCACCAACUAGCACAGAAACUUUAUUAUCGUCUAACGCCAAAUUCCAAACGAUCUCAGCUCUUGCAGUAACGCCAGAUGGUGUUCUAAACGUUGUUGAUCAAGGUUCCUUACAUAUACUGGCUUUAAAACACUACUUGCCAACACAUGACGAAAACGGAGAAUUCAGAAUUCCAUAUCCACCGACAUCGGAAAUAUAUGUAUUCAAUCGUUAUGGCCAACACAUUACCACUAAAGACCUAACAUCCGGCAAAACCAGAUACUCAUUCCUGUAUUCAAAGAACACUAGUUUCGGAAAAUUGUCUACAGUAACCGAUGCUUCUGGAAAUAAAAUACAACUGCUAAGAGAUUACAGUAAUAUUGUAAGCUCUAUAGAAAACACACAAGACCAUAAAUUGGAAUUGAAAAUAUCAGGAAUUGGUUACCUCACAAGAAUAGCUGAAAAAGGAGCAACAGACAUGGAGUUUGACUACGAUGCCAGCACUGGAUUACUGAACAGCCGAUCAGGGGGAGGUGACACUGUAAUUUACAAUUACGACGAACUUGGAAGGGUUACGAAAAUAAUUAUGCCAUCUGGUGAGCAAGUCCAUAUCACAUCUGGUCUUGCGAAGAACUACGGAUUGGCUGUUACAGUAUCAAAUCCUUCCAGCACCAUACCAGUUGGAGUCGCCAAGAAAUGUGAAUACGUUUUACAUGGUCAAUCAUUCAAACAAAUCACCAUUAACAACGGUAAACAAAUAACGGAAGGUCGCAUUUAUACAAACAACACCUUACUACUCGAAACUCCAUGGGCUGGUAAGUUUGAAAGCAUUGCCGCAGCUAAACACCCAUUAUUGGAAGCUGCUCUGCCAAUAGAAGCUGAAAUGCUUCAUAUGUGGUCUCAUCAGACGACCACAUUCGGUGACGCACUGGUCAACAACAUGUACUCUUUAUACACGCUAGUUGGAGAUGUAAGAAAUCCGCAGCAAACUUUGAACCGAGAAAUAUGGGUCAAUGAUUCAAGAGUACUUAUUAUUGAGUUCGACCAGUUUAAGAGCCGAGAAACUUUCUUCAACGCUGAUAGAAAUCCACUAUUUACUAUCUCUUACGACGUAGCUGGACUACCGCUAUCGUUUAAUCCUCACGGCGCUGGAGUACCCCUUAACAUUUCGUAUGAUAGAUUCUACCGUAUCAAUGGUUGGAAGUGGGGUGACAGUGAGGAAAGCUACAGCUAUGAUCCACACGGAAUGCUUUCUGAGGUCACAAGUCCGCAAGAUGGAACUAAAUUUAUCUAUUACAAUGAAGGAAAUCUUGUUUCCAAAAUUACUUUGGCCAGUCAAAGAAGCUUCAAAUACAUGUACGAUGAAGACGGAGGAUUAACGCAUGUUAUUUUGCCUUCGGGAUCGAACCACUCAUUUAGCGUGCAACCGUCUAUUGGAUUUUUAAGAGUUACCUACGCACCUCCCGGUUCGUCAAAGAAAUAUUUACAACAUUACGCUCACACAGGGGAGCUUCUCCAGACUGUAUUCCCAGGUGAUGGUGCCAGAGUAGUUUACCGUUACUUCACCACAAAUAAGGUAUCUGAAGUAAUUCAUGGCGAUGGUCAAACACAAAUACAUUAUGCUGAAACUAGCGGACUGCCUUCAGAAAUAUUGCAUGUAGACCGCGACGUAGACUACAGAUGGGAAUCUACUUACGUUGGCGGACUACUAACUGAAGAAAGACUUGACUACGGUGCCAAAACUGGUCUUAGCAACGCCAAAAUAAUCUAUGAAUACGAUAACAAUUACCGUAUAACUUCCGUCCAAGGCCGGAUCGGCGGCCAAACCUUAAUUCCGCACCAUAUUGUAUACAAUAGUAAAACUGGUGCUCCUGAAAUAUUAGGACAAUUCACUGUGUCAAAACAGAAAUGGAAUGAAACAUCAGUAUACGAUGGCAUCGCUAUGUUCUCUCGUUUAUUGAACAACCAGUUUUUGGAAAAGGAAGUGACUGUCAACAUUCACCGAAUGGAAGUAUUCAGAAUGGAAUUUUCUUAUGACAGACACGGAAGAAUAUCUCAAACGAGGACACAUACCAGAAACGUUGGAGUUAAUACUUACACUAAUGUUAAGAACUAUACUUGGGAUUGCGACGGUCAGCUUACCGGUGUAGAGGCCCAAGAACCUUGGGGCUUCAGAUACGACGAUAACGGUAACAUGCUAUCGUUGACGUACAGAGGGAACACGAUCCCAAUGGAAUACAAUGACAUGGAUCGAAUCGUAAAAUUCGGUGAAGGCCAAUAUAGGUAUGACAGCCGUGGCCUAGUGUCACAAAAUGCCAGAGAGGAAAGAUUCCAGUACAAUUCUAAAGGACUUUUAAUUAGAGCAACAAAACGAGGAAGAUUUGAUGUUCGCUACUUCUAUGACCAUCUUGAUAGGCUUUCUACCAGAAAGGAUAACUUUGGAAAUGUAACACAAUUCUUCUACACUAAUAAAGACAGACCCCAUGAAGUCAGUCAUAUCUAUUCACCACGUGAAAACAGAUUCAUGACCUUAGUGUAUGACGAUAGAGGGCAUCUGAUUUAUACACAGGUUGCCCGACACAAAUACUACAUUGCUACUGACCAAUGUGGAACACCGGUCAUGAUAUUCAAUCAAUAUGGAGAAGGUAUCAGAGAAAUCAUGCGGUCGCCCUACGGUCACAUCGUAUACGAUUCGAAUCCCUACUUAUACCUACCAGUGGACUUCUGUGGAGGACUACUGGAUCAAGUCACGUCUUUAGUUCACAUGGCCAAUGGAAAAGUUUAUGAUCCUCUGAUUGGACAAUGGAUGUCUCCCUUAUGGGAGAAUCUGAUUGAAAGAAUACAUAAUCCAACACAGUUACACUUAUACAGAUUCAAUGGAAACGAUCCUAUCAACGUGAGACCACAGAACAAGAAACCAACAGAUCACUUAUCAUGGUUGAAGUUGCUUGGUUAUGAUACCAAGAGCCUGGCACCACAACUCUAUCCAGACGAACUACCCGGCGGCUCCGUGCUGCCGAGCAUCCCGCAAGGCCGCCCGGUGUGGGGCACUGCUCCAGCAGACAGCAGUCCAGGCCUGCCGUCUGCUAUGUCGCUGCUACCGACAGUCACCAUUGAAUCUGGCUUCCUGUCACAUAUGUCUAACAAGAGAAUAGCUGACUUUAGAAGCCUGUCGAUACCGGCUAUGUCAGCUCUUAAGACUGACGCCUUAAACCUUGCACCCAAAAGAAUCGGUUCAGACUCUGAGCCGCCAUUUGGCCGAGGUAUCCUCGUCUCACGGAAUCAACGUGGCCGCGCUGUUGUUACCACGGUGCCGUCUGCGAAUGCCAUAUACCGUGACGUAUAUACCUCAGUGUUUAACCGAUCACAUCUUCUACCCUUCUCAUUUGUUGUCCAUGGUGAUCAACAAGAUGUGUUCUAUUUUGUCAAAGAAGACACAUGGCGUGCGGCAGACGACAAACAACAGUUAAAACGCAUGCAAGGCAAAUUAAACGUAACCUUCCAUGAAGUUGCCGAAGGGGGACGUUCCUACGCAGAUGUCAAAAUACAUGGAAAGACAAGUAUAGUGAAUCUAAGAUAUGGCACGAGUGCGGAGCGUGAGAGGCAAAGAUUGCUGCACCACGCGCGCGCCGCAGCUGUGCGGAAAGCGUGGCACCGAGAGCGUGAAGCUCUGCGAAGUGGACUGGGUGGCUCGCUGGACUGGUCUGCAGCCGAACUGGACGAAAUCCAAAAGGCUGGAUCAGCAGCAGGCUACGAAGGAGAGUACGUGCACGACGUAGCACGAUACCCAGAGUUAGCAGAAGACCCAUACAACAUUCGCUUUGUGAAGAAGCGAUCAGACCGCGCCGAGCGCCGGCGGCGGAAGCGUGAGGACUGUCGAGGGGCCUGGUGGCUCGCCUGGGAUGAACUCUGCUAGUGAUGUGCCGCCAUCCAUAUGCCAAAUGGUGUGAAUGUUAAUAGGUGUGUGUAAACGGGGAAGAAUGAUCGUGUGAGUGUUUGUGGAAAUAUAUUUUGUAAAUAGUCUCUAUUAAUUGUUAAUUGUUGAUGUAUGUAUGUACGGUAGAUGCGAAUCCCUAUCGCUGUGUAAAUAAUAAAAAUUAAUUUGCAGGGAGAGAAUGGACCUUUUGAGAGGACUGAUAUUAAAAUAAAUGUAAUGUAUGUAUAAAUAAGAUUUAUGUGAAUAUGAAAUUAUUUAUACUUAUUUAUCGGUAAAAAAGCUUCAUUGUGUCCAAUGUUCUUAUAAAAUUUAGAUGAAGACUAUUUGAAAGAAUAAAAAGGCAUACUUUUUUAACCAAACCAA